UGUUUCUAUUGAGCUGAGAUUGCGGGGUGGGAAUGAGGGGUUGGGUUGGGGUAGAUUCAGGUUUUCUUUGUUUCUUUUAUUUCUCUACUAUGUAAAACACUUUGUGCUUCAUCUUUUUGUAUGAAAAGUGCGAUACAAAUAAAGACUGAUUGAUUGAUUGAUUUUGACUUGAAUCUGUCUGCCAAUCGAAUGCUCAGUCACACUCCAGCCCAGUAGGUGGCGGUAAUGCACCUUCGACCUGGUUGCCAACCGCCCUUACGAACAAAAGAGAGAGAAGAAGAACCACGAGGGAAGUUUCCUGAAGACCCCGGAUCAGAAUAACCCGAGUUAAGGCGUCCAUCUGCAGUUGUCUUGUCUCUGUUUGACUCUUGGGUCGGUAGAAAAUGUCCAGGUUUCAGGAUCUUGAAGAUUUCUUCAGCCGGCGGCUGCUCGCUGCUGUUAACGGAGACCUCUCAGGACGAUCAGCAACAUCUGUGUAUGAAGAGGAGCUCCAACGGCAAAGAAAACUGCUGAGUGUGAUUUUAAUGCCUGAAAUCAAACUGAAGAGAGCAGGUUAGUUCACCUUCUUCUUCUUCUUCAACAUGAGAAACGAACAAGAGAAAACCACCGAAGAUCAAAACCUGUUGACAAAAAGAACAGCAACGUCACUGACCUUUGAAGAUCAAAACCUGUUGACAAAAAGAACAGCAACGUCACUGACCUUUGAAGAUCAAAACCUGUUGACAAAAAGAACAGCAACGUCACUGACCUUUGAAGAUCAAUACUUGUUGACAAACAGAACAGCAACGUCACUUAUCGGUAAUUGUUUCGGUUACAGAAAGGAUGACGUCACCAAGCACCUGUUCUGUGUCGGCAGUGCCUUUCAUCUGUUGACACAAUAACGUCCCAGCACAAUAAAAGCUAAAAAGAUCUCUGAGACAGACAGAAGCCAUUCUACUUAUAUUUACAAAAACAGGAAGCACAGUCCCCUUUCAAAAUAAGUCUCCCAAUAACUGCACAGCUUACCAGUAGGACACAGAGCUUCCCUUAGGUUAUGCCGCCUUGCAUCAAAAAAGCUUACACCACUUUAGUAAACUAAACUCAUGAAUUCCUUCAAUGUCAACAAUCUUUCAGAAAUCACACAGUCUGUAAAAGAUUAUGAUGUUGCUGAUGCUUGCUCAUCGAACAUCCUAUAUUGAGUGCACAUUAAAACACAGGAUCCAGGAUUCAGUUUGACGGUUUAUUUGCUCGUCUUCAGUGGAUGAUUUUUUCUGUACAAUCAAAAGGAAUAGAAACAAGAUGUAUCAACAUAAAAUAUUACAAAAAAGGGGGGACUGAUAAAGUUAAAUGAAUUGUAAAUUGGAUAACUAAUCUUACAUCAUAGAUGCAUCCACUUCAGGGCUUUAAAUCAAUACAUAUGCGUUUUAGGGUGACAGGAAUCUAAAGAAAUAAUAUUUGGGAAUAAACCAUAUUAGAAAUAAUACAAAUAAGGAGAAUACAACAACAUUUGUUAAGGCUUUGUCCGUUUCACACUCACAUUCAGACUCCCUUUGUUCAGUGCUGCUCUUGUUCAGGAUGCAAAAGGGAGAGCAGGCCUGAGGGCUGGCUUUUAUGGUGUUGGGGGUGUGGUUUGGCCUUGAGUGACAGGGGAGUCAGGUAUGGAGAUGGUGAGGUGAGAAUUUGGGAUUUAACAGCCGCCCCUUCAAAUAGUAUAUUUGAAUCAAUAAAUCACAAGUCAAUUCUGGGUGUCGGCUUUAAAAGGUGAAAGGAUAACUAGUCGGGCAACAGGGCGGAUGAACUUUCGUUGGUUAGAUGUCACUUCCACAGUCCUAAUCCUUCCAUCAUCACUGGGGAAGAGACGAGACACCUUCCCAACAUGCCACUGUCCUCUUGGUACUUGGGGAUCCAUUAAGAGUACCACUGUUCCCUCUGUCAGGCCUGGUGUGUCUUUUUGCCAUUUAUUUCGCACCUGCAAGCUUGGAAGGUAAUUUCUGAUGAAGCAGGACCAGAAUCGAUCAGUUAGGAUCCGACUAUGCCUCCAUUUUCUCUUUCCAAGUAAGUUGGGUUCAGCAUAGACAGCCUGUGGAAGAGAGGCAUCUCGCCGCCCCAUUAGGAGAAGGUUUGGUGUGAUGGGGUCAGGAUCUGCUAUAUCAGAUGAAGCAUAUCCGGUUGGUUUGGAGUUGAUUAUACCUUCAAUUUCAACCUGCACUGUAUGCAGUACUUCCUCUGGAACGGUUUGGCUUCCAACAAUCUCUCUCAGAGCAGUUGAAGACAACAUGAUGAUUGCCAUUAUGCUCCACAAGGUGAUGAGGGGUAUACUUUGAUUCUUCUGUCUGAGAGACUUGUUCAGGUUUGAGGUUUUCGCAUAAUUAGCUUGUUUUAGUUUACUGAUUUCAUUAUUGCAUAUGUCUGCCAAUUCCGGAUUGUUUUGGAGUUUGCGUUCAGAUCGACGGAGAAGGGGCAUAACAGAUUCUGCUGGGGCUUUUAGUUCAGGUGCAUCCUUUUUUCUCUGUGAAGGGGUUGCAUAGCGUUUGGUACGAUCUGUUUCAACUCUCACAGUUUUAUUAUCCAGGAGGUCUAUGGCGUCUCUAUCUUGUUUUGACCUUGUGAUUAAUUUUUCGUUUCUGAAGGGGAGGAUAUCGGUUUGCCACAGUUGCUCUACAUGGUGUUUAAGUUCUGAGUAGGGGUUAACCGGUGAUGUUAAAAAGCACUGGGUAGCAGAUGAUGACUCACCAAGGAAGGUUGGUCCUUGAAGGGCCCAUCCCAGGCGUGUUCUUACUGCUGCUGGAGCUCCCUUUGGUCCAUAUUGAACUCUCUCUAUAGGUGUAAUCAGGAAAGGAUUGUCAGAUCCGAUGAGGAUGUGUGGCUGGACUUCGGAGAAGGAGCUUAGUGGGAGACCUUGCAAAUAGGGAUAGCGUUGCUUGAGUUUAUCCACAGGGUAACUUUGCUCAACAAGCAUUAUCAUGUCGGAGGUGAAGGCUCUGUCAACUGAGAAUUUUUUCUCAGGGCUUGAUGCAGCAGAGAUUUUAAGGUUAACAGUUUUCCCGUUCAAAGUUUCUGUUUGCUGCCUCACUGUUCGCAGCUCGAGGUUUUCUGGUUCACCAUCCAGCCCAAGGUACUCUGCAGCACCUGGUAGUAGCAUUGUACGCUCAGAUCCAUCAUCUAAGAUGGCAUGUGUCUCAAAGACUCUAUUGUUAUGGUGAAGACUUACUUUUACUACUUUUAGCAGCACUUUGGAUGUUAGGCUUCGUGGGUUCAGAUACAACACUCUGGAUGCUGUCUGGGUUUUAUUUACAUUAUGUAGUACACCUAGAUGAAGGCCAUUACAUUUGGGACAGGGUUUUUUUAGAGUGCAAUUAGCUGCUUUAUGGGUUCUUCCACAUUUCCAACAUCUAUUUUCUUCCUUUAGCCACUUUGACACUUUCUCGGGUCCUAGUUCUUUCAGACUUUCACAGUUUGUUAGGUAGUGGGAGGUAGAUUGGCAAAAUGCACAUGGGUACCUUCUUUCAGGCUGUUGUUGGUAACCAGAAGCACUUGGGCGGUGAGUGAACCUCCGGUCGGAUCCAUGGAGGAUGGUGGUAGGAUGCUUGGGUCUGUAGCUUGACUCCUUUCUAUAAGUUUGAGGUGUGCUGAUUUGAAGACUGCUGGCUUGUGCUACCACGGCUUGACAUUCUGCCUCUCCCUCAAGCCAUACUGAAAAUUCCACUAGAUUGUAAUGAGAGGUUGGGGAAACUGCGCGGGCGUGUCUUGCAAAGUUUGAUACUAGCUCUACGGGAAGUUUAUUUAAUAAUCUCUGGACAUGGGAGGCACAUGCUAAUUCUGCUGCACUUUCUGCUGAAUUGAGUGAUUGCAACAGCCCUACUAAUGACCUAACUUUGACUGCAAAGUUUUGGAAUCCUUCAGCGUCUCCACGGGCCACUUUGGGGAGGUUGAGUAUGGUCUGGAUCUCCUUUAAAGCCAGUUGAUGUGGUUGACCAUACUGUCGUUCCAGUGCUGCCAUUGCUGCUGUAAAGGGCUGUGGGUGGUGAGCAUAAGACAGGGCAAUAUGUCUGGCUGAAGGGAGGUGAAGAUGAUCCAAAAGGAUAUGGAACUUAAAUAAUUCAGGUUCUUCUACAGGAAGAAGGUUUUUCAAGGCCAUCUUUAACAUUAAGAAUUCCUGGGGGUCAUUUUGGGUGAAACAAGGGAAGGAUGGACCUUCAACACGUGAAGUGUAUCGGAUUUGUUGUGCAGAGGCCAUAGGUAUGGAGUAGCUUGAGUUGAGGGGGGCUCCUAGAGCUUGUGGGGCACCAGUGAUUGGGGCUGGCUGAGGUGCAAGAUAUUGGGUAUGGAGCUGCUGCACAGGUUGAGGGAAAUGUUGAUACUGAUAUGGAGCUACAGGACUUGGAUGGUGAGCAGAUGGCUGAGGGUUGGUUGAGACUUGAGGUGGAGGUAUAGGCGUUGGAUGAAUGGUAUACAGCUGGAGUGGAGGCCUCUGGGUUGAUUGUAUUUGGCUAUGAGGGCCAUAAGAUGGCUGUGUAACAUUAACAUUGAGUGGUAUUUGCAUAGGCUGUGCUGUUAAUGUUAAGGGAGGGUUGACUACUGGCCUGGUAAAAGGAGGGUCAGUAGGAGGCAGACUAGCAGUUGUGGGUAUGAAAGGCCCAGAAUGUGACACUGCAGGGGCAAAUCUUUGAGGUUCAGGGUUGGAAUAAGCUUGCCGGAAUGGCACAUUAGUUAGGGAGGCUGAUGGAAGAAGUGGACCUGAUGGUACUUGGAUUGGGGACUCAUUUCUUAAUUGUGGAACAGGAGCAGGUCUCUUCGGUUCACCUUGUGCUGCAGAGAGUGUGGGAGCAUAUGGGAAAAGGGUCUGAACAGACUGAGACAUUUUACCAGGUUGCAAUGCAAGCACUGAUUCUGUUAGGUUGGGUUCAGACAUGGACUUUUCACACUGUGGGGCUGGGACGGAAUUUACUGGUUGAUUUGGCGAUGAUUGAGUUGUUCGGGGGUGACACUCCUCUUCAGAAUCUCCUUCUGAGUAGCCAUGUUCAUACUGUUCGACUCUCCCAUGUAAGUCCUUUAUCAUACUCUUUAACUGUGCCACUUCUUGUCUCAAUAAAACAGUCUCUGAGGUUUCUGCAGCAGGUUCUGCACAUUGACUAAAAUGUUUGGGAGGCUGGCCAUAAAGUUCGGUUUGGUAGUCCCGAAGAUACCUGGGAGGCAUUCUCUCUCUUUGUGGCCUUCCUCCGGCCUGACUGCCAUCAUGCCAAACUGAAUUUGGAUCCAUUUUCAAUAUAGAUGUUCUCUCCGGCUCGAAGCACCAUGUAAAAGAUUAUGAUGUUGCUGAUGCUUGCUCAUCGAACAUCCUAUAUUGAGUGCACAUUAAAACACAGGAUCCAGGAUUCAGUUUGACGGUUUAUUUGCUCGUCUUCAGUGGAUGAUUUUUUCUGUACAAUCAAAAGGAAUAGAAACAAGAUGUAUCAACAUAAAAUAUUACAAAAAAGGGGGGACUGAUAAAGUUAAAUGAAUUGUAAAUUGGAUAACUAAUCUUACAUCAUAGAUGCAUCCACUUCAGGGCUUUAAAUCAAUACAUAUGCGUUUUAGGGUGACAGGAAUCUAAAGAAAUAAUAUUUGGGAAUAAACCAUAUUAGAAAUAAUACAAAUAAGGAGAAUACAACAACAUUUGUUAAGGCUUUGUCCGUUUCACACUCACAUUCAGACUCCCUUUGUUCAGUGCUGCUCUUGUUCAGGAUGCAAAAGGGAGAGCAGGCCUGAGGGCUGGCUUUUAUGGUGUUGGGGGUGUGGUUUGGCCUUGAGUGACAGGGGAGUCAGGUAUGGAGAUGGUGAGGUGAGAAUUUGGGAUUUAACACAGUCCCACAAAUCCUUCAGUCCCCGUCUGGACCAAGUACCUUCUCCUCUAAACAACAAACAUGGGAAAAAAAAAUAUUCUCUGCUGACAGUUAGCCACUUUUUCUUGGAGGACCACUCCCAGUAAAUCUGUGGUUUGUCUUAUAGGCAGUUUGAGUGACAAUAAUAUAAUAAUAUCCUGUAGCUGAUGGGGUCCAAGCUGCUUUAUUUCCACAUUUCUCUUGUAGAGUCAAGGUUUAAACCUGUGCCACAGUAAAAAAUCUGCCUCGUUCACCUUUAAAGUUAGCCAGCAUUACUAAAACAGCACAGAACUUCCGGUUCGAGUGGACGCUGGCGCGUUUGGCUGCCGCUGCUCUCCGGUAAACUUUUAACUUUUUUAGCACUCUUCCGUGCUCUGGAGACCAGCCAUCAACAAAUGCUGUUCUCCCUGGGACUCUUACCCUACACACCAGACUUUGCUACCGGAGCUCUCACCGCCUUCUGUGUCUUGACGGGUAAGCUGAUCCUAGCCUGCCUGCUCGACCCGGCUCCGCGUCUCAUCCUCUCCGCCACACUACACCAUGUGGACCAGUAGGUUCUAUGGACCGGCUACUCUGGCUGUCGUGGUGUGGACUGCCCUGUCGCUCCUCCAUCUAUCCGUGGAAGGUCUGUUCCAAUACUCAGCGGCAGAGUUCCUCAGGCUCCGCUCCCAGAAGCCUGGAUCUCCACCGGCAGCUCUUCACCUCCACCCGGACAUCGCCCUCCUGCCUCGUCCGAGGUACAUCCACCGUGGGUCUCGGCGGACUCUCCAUUCUGGCAGCUCCAACGAGAUUACAUCUUUCUGGUCCUCCACUCGUCGCCCACAGAGAAACACCAGCCGGUCUGUGGACCACAGGGUGCUAGCCGACCUGGCUAGCUCCCCACAACACCACGAACGUCAACUUCGGUCUGCUUAACAUCAGAUCCCUCUCCGGUAAAGGACACCUCAUUCAUGAUAUCCUCAUUGACCGUAAGCUUGACUUCUUUUGCCUAAAUGAGACGUGGCAAGUCCCCGGUGAUUUUUCCCAGCUGAACGACUCCUCUCCGGCGGGGUUUGUUUACAUCUCCAAACCUCGCGAGUCGGGUCGUGGGGGAGGUCUCGCGAUACUCUACCGCGAGAAGUGGAAGGUCCUACCUGUCUCUCUGCCUCCUCUCUCCUCACUUGAAUGCCUGGCGUGUCAGCUACCUGGACAUGUCCCCACAAUCAUUGCCACAAUAUACCGUCCUCCCAAACCUCACAGUGACUUUUUAAAUGAAUUCUCUGUCCUCCUUAAUCACCUCGCCACUCUCUCACCCAACAUAAUUCUGCUUGGUGACUUCAAUAUACACAUGGACAAUACUACCCUACCCCUUACCAUGGACUUCUCCUCACUACUCGACAGCUUUGGUUUUGAACAAUUUGCAGAUUUCCCCACACACAUCAAAGGCCAUACAAUAGAUUUAAUUUGCUGCUCAGGUCUCACCCCCUCCAACUGUACCGCCGACACAUUGCACAUUACAGACCACUCCCUCCUCUCAUUUAACACCACUCUCCAGCUCUCCAUCCCAAAACCCCCCCGCAUCAUCUCAUACCGCAACAUUAAGAAUAUUAACCUGGACUCCCUCUCCUCCUCCAUCACUACCCUCACCCUGAACCCCACCUCCGCCCCUGAUGAUCUCGUCAUACAAUACAACAAUGGACUGUCCAACAUACUCAACUCCCUUGCUCCUGUCAAAUCCCACUCUGUCUCCUUUACCUGGUCCGCACCUUGGUUCACCCCCCAUCUCCGUUCCAUGAAAUCCAAAAAUCGACAGCUAGAAAGACUUUACAGGAAAACCGGCCUUACCAUCCACAAAGACAUCUUAAUAACUCAGCUAUCCCACUACAAGGACUCCAUCUCCCAUGCAAAAUCACAGUACUAUUCUGGACUUAUCUGCUCCAAUGCUGGAAAUACCAAAUCUCUUUUCUCUGUCUACAACCAUAUCACUCAACCCCCGGACUGCUUUCCUCCCCACAUGUAUUCCUCAGACACCUGCGACUCCCUCCUCAGUUUCUUCAAUAGCAAAAUCACUAAAAUCCAUCAGAACCUGGGCUCCACAUCCCCACCACUUCCCUCAUCUGAACCUCUCCCUCCUUUACAACCUUUUUCCACCUUUCUACUCCCUAAUCCCUCAGAAAUCGCUGAUCUCAUUACCAAAUCCAAACCCUCAUCCUGCCAACUGGACCCCCUCCCCACUUCCCUGGUCAAAUCCUGUCUACCCUCUCUACUCCCCCUCAUCUCAGUCAUCAUCCACUCCUCACUGUUGACUGGAACUGUUCCCACCCCCUUCAAAACUGCAGCCAUCAGUCCUACCCUGAAAAAACCUGGUUCAGACCCCAACGACUUCAAUAACCUCCGCCCCAUUUCCCACCUCCCCUUCAUCUCCAAAAUUUUAGAAAAAACAGUUGCCUCUCAACUCCACACCCACCUCACCCACAAUAGCCUGUACGAACAGUUCCAGUCCGGUUUCCGCCCCCUCCAUAGCACUGAAACAGCCCUCAUCAAGAUCAUCAACGACCUCCUCAUGGCAGCUGACUCCGGUCUAAUCUCCAUCCUCAUCCUCCUUGAUCUGAGUGCGGCCUUUGAUACCAUCUCUCAUCACAUCCUCCUCCAUAGACUCUCCUCCAUAGGCAUUUCUCACACCCCCCUUCUCUGGUUCCACUCAUACCUCACUAGCCGCACUCAGUUCAUCCAACUCAAAUCAUUCACCUCACAGCCCUCCCCUGUCACUUCAGGUGUGCCCCAGGGUUCUGUCCUGGGGCCCCUCCUCUUCAUUAUUUAUCUCCUUCCCCUCGGCAGCAUCUUUCGCAAAUAUGGCAUCCACUUUCAUUGUUUCGCGGAUGACACCCAGCUCUACCUCUCCAGCAAACCCGACGCCUCUCUCCCACCCUCCUCCCUCACCCACUGCCUCUCAGAAAUUAAAUCCUGGUUCACAUCAAACUUCCUCAAACUCAACCCCGAUAAAACAGAACUCCUCCUGGUCGGUACUAAGUCCACUCUCUCCAAAACUAACAGUUUCUCCCUCACCAUAGAUAACUCCACAGUGUCCCCUUCCCCUCAGGUUAAGAGCCUGGGUGUCAUCCUCGACAGCUCACUAUCUUUCCACUCCCACAUCAAUAACAUCACCCGGUCUGCAUACUUCCAUCUACGAAACAUCAACUGUCUCCGCCCUUCACUCACUCCUCACACCACAGCUAUCCUAGUCCACAGUCUUGUCACCUCCCGUAUCGAUUAUUGCAACUCACUCCUCCUCGGUGUCCCUCACAAAUCCCUCCAUAAACUUCAACUUGUCCAAAACUCUGCAGCCCGUAUCAUCACCAGAACUCCCUCCUUCCACCACAUCACCCCUGUCCUUCAGCAGCUUCACUGGCUCCCUAUCCGGUCCAGAAUCCACUAUAAAAUCAUACUAUACACCUUCAAGGCCAUCCAUAACCUUGCCCCCCCUUACUUCUCCGAUCUCCUCCACAUCGCCACCCCCUCACGCUCCCUCAGAUCCUCCUCCUCCCUCCACCUUUCUGUCCCCUCUGCCCGACUCAGCACCAUGGGGAGCAGGGCUUUCAGUCGCUCUGCUCCCAAACUCUGGAACUCUCUCCCCCCGGAUCUCAGAAACAUGGACUCACUACCCCACUUCAAAUCAAAACUCAAAACACAUCUGUUCCAAAUUGCUUAUUCCCUCUAACUGCCCAUUUCCAUACAUGUAUAUUGUUUUUAUUUAUUUUAACAGUGUUUUAACUGUGUUCUUAAUGCCUGUACAGUGUCCUUGGGUGUCCAGAAAGGCGCUUUUAAAUAAAAUGUAUUAUUAUUAUUAUUAUUAAAAGUUUCUGUAUCCUGUCCAGAAAUGGUUUUCUGACUUUUAGCAGUUUAGCAGCUUGAAUGACAGCAGCAAAUCACCGAAACUGCUUUGAAUUAUCAGCCAAUCAAGUCUUUAAAAAGGCAUGAUGUUUAAUUCUUUAGGCGGAUGUACAGUAAACAGACAAACACUCUGAGAGUGUUCAUUUCAAUUUUCCCAUGUAUAAUACACACUCAGCUGUGAGAGAGUGGCUGGCCUAACAUUGACCCUGCAGCCAUUGUAGUUCUCUGCAGACACCAACGGGAGGAGAAGGACUUCUACAAUCAUUAAAAACAUAUAUUUGCAUUUGCAACCAAAAGAAAAUGCAAAUGGUGACUCUGCAGUUAUCAUGCAAUAGGCCUCAUCAUGUCUCAUCAUUUUUUUGACAACUGCUGAUAACAGAUUCAUUUAGUUUUUUUAUGACAAGAGGUGGGGCUAAGCCCCACUUGUUCCUAAUGACCAUCACUAUGGCUGUUUCCAAAACAUCAUAAAAAAAGUGAUAAUGACUUGUUUUUCCAAUGUGUGGUGUUCAAAGUCAAAGUGCAAAAAAAUCCAUGAUGACAAAGUUUCUCCAGUUGAUCAGUUGGUUCUUCUCUGACCGACACAAACUGUAUGACCCGAAUGUGAUGCUUCAGGGCAGGCGUUUCUAGCCUGUUUUUUGGGAGUGCUUGAAACAACUUCUCCUUCAAUAAAACACCAAAAUAAAAUCUGGUUGGUCUGUUUAGGAGUUGAUUAAAUUUAACUUGUAGGGGAGUUUGAAAAUUAAAAGCAAGAAUCUCUAUCCAAAGUUUGUCUCCAACAUAGAUGCCAAGCUUAUCUUGAUGUGUCUUUCUGUACUUUGGUGUUUCCUGCAGAUGUCCAGCAGCUGUCAGUGAUUAAAGAGGAACCUCUUGAGCUCCAGGAGUGGAGCCCUGAUCUAAACCAAAAGGACACCAAGCACAUGCACAUUAAGGAGGAGGAACUCUGGAGCAGUCAGGAGGGAGAGCAGCUUCAAGGGUUUGAGGAGGCUGAGGCCACCAUGUUCCCAUUCACUGCUGCCAUUGUGAAGAGUGAAGAGGAUGAAGAAAAACCUCAGCCUCCACAGCUUCACCCAAAACCAAUUCAAAAGAUGGAAACAGGAGAUGAUGAAGAAAUCUGUGGAGUUUCAGAACCAGCUGGAAACUCAAAUCCUGUGAGUGAUAACGGGUCAGAAGACUCCUCUGUGACUGAUGAUGAUGAUGAUUGGAAGGAGACCAGUGAGGCUCAGUCAGGAUUAAACUCUGGGAAAUUAAUGAAAAGAAGAGGACAGAAAACUGUCAAGAAAUCUCAUCCUUGCUCAGAGUGCAGUAAAAGAUUUUCACUAAAACAGCAUCUGACCAGACACAUGUUAGUUCACACAGGAGAGAAACCUUUCAGCUGCUCUGAGUGCGGUCAAAGAUUUAGCCGUCAAUGUGCUCUGAUCAGACACAAGCCAAUUCACUCAGGGGAAACACCUUUCAGCUGCUCAAAGUGUGAUAAAAAAUAUUCCAACAUGGCGUCUCUGGCCCAACACAUGUCAACUCACGUAGAGAAAAAACCUUUCAGCUGCUCUGAGUGUGGUAAAGGAUUCAACUUUCACAACACUCUGAACAGACACAUGUUAAUUCACACAGGAGAGAAACCUUUCAUCUGCUCUUACUGUGGUAGAAGCUUCAACUGUCAAGGGCAUAUGAAAAGACACAUGUCAGUUCACACAGGAGAGAAACCUUUCAGCUGCUCUGAGUGUAGUAAAACAUUUAGACAGAGAGCGACUCUGACCAGGCACAAAUUAGUUCACAAAGGGGAGAGACCUUUCUGCUGCUCAGAGUGUAAAAAAAAUUUUUUUGAUGAAACGUCUCUGGCCAAACACAUGUUAACUCACACAGGGAAGAGACCUUUCAGCUGCUUUGAGUGUGAUAAAAGAUUUUCAGUAAAACAGCAUCUGACCAGACACAUGUUAGUUCACACAGGAGAGAAACCUUUCAUCUGCUCUUACUGUGGUAGAAGCUUCAACUGUCAAGAGCAUAUGAAAAGACACAUGUUAGUUCACUCAGGAGAGAAACCUUUCAGCUGCUCUGAGUGUAGUAAAACAUUUAGACGGAGAGAGACUCUGACCAGGCACGAAUUAGAUCACAAAGGGGAGAGACCUCUCUGCUGCUCAGAGUGUGAUAAAAAAUUUUUUGAUGAAAGGUCUCUGGCCAAACACAUGUUAACUCACACAGUGGAGAGACCUUUCAGCUGCUCUGAGUGUGAUAAAAGAUUCAAAUCUCAAGAGGCCCAAAAACGACACAUGAUAACUCACACAGGGGAGAGACCUUUCAGCUGCUCUGAGUGUGAUAAAAGAUUCAAAUGUAAAGUGGUCCAAAAACGACACAUGUUACUUCACACAGGGGAGAAACCUUUCAGCUGCUCUGAGUGCGAUAAAGGAUUCAAAGUGCAAGAGGCUCUAAAACGACACAUGUUAGUUCACACAGGAGAGACACUUUUCAGCUGCUCUGAGUGCAGUCAAAAGUUUUCCCAAAAAACAGAGAUGACUGCACACAUGUUGUCUCACAGGGAAGAGAAACCUUCAGAUGAUCAAAGUGAGAUAAAAGAUAUUUUGAUAGAAGGUCCUUGGCCAUGCACAUGGUAGUUCACACCGUAGAGAAACCUUUUAGCUGCUCUGAGUGUGGAAAAAGAUUUAGCCAUAAUUGUACUCAGAAAGUUCACAUGGUAUAUCACAGGAUUUAAUUGUUGAAUGUAUCUGACCUCACACAUGUUAGCUUACACGUAGAAAAAUAAACCUUUUUCGCCUGCAGUGGCGCAUUAUGAACUGUAAAAUACGACAACGGAGACCCCGGACUGUUGAACAACUGAAGCUGAACAUCAACCAAGAAUGGGAAAGAAUUCCACCUUCAAAGCUUCAACAGUUCGUCUCCUCAGUUCCCAAACGUUUACUGAGUUUGUUAAAAGGUGAUGGAACACAGAGGUAAACAUGACCCUGUGUUGCUGCCAUCAAAUUCUGAGUUAAUUAUUUCCCCCAAAAAUUAAGGUUUAUGAGUUUGAACAUUUAAUAUCUUUUCUUUGUAGUGAAUUCAAUUGAAUAUAGGUUGAAAACGAUUUGCAAAUCAUUGUCAUCUGUUUUUAUUUACGUUUAUCACAAUUUCCCAACUUUAAUGGAACUGGGUUUUGUACAUCAAAACAGUCAUACUCAUACAACACAACACAAUACACUAUCUGUAGUCCAUAACCUCCACACAAGAACUGAAGCAGCAGCUGUUCAUCAGGAUCACCCAGAAUGAAGAAUGAAUCAAAGCGUGUUCAUUGGGAUGUGUCUGCCUCCAGGUCUUUCAGCGUUCUCUUCAAAGUAUCCGAUGAAAUGAGCUCAUUGAGUUUCCACUCUGUUGGUAGAUCAUACAGAACCAGGUUGGAGGGAAAGUGAAGCUUCAUCAGUACAGUGUGUUCUCAUUGAAUGCAGGAGGUAUGAUGACAAAAGGAAAAUACUGAAAGCAGCAGCAGAGAAAGCUAAAAUAACCUUCAGGAGAGGAAGUCUUGGUGGCUUUUGUUUCAGGAUUCUCACCGUGUUAUUAGAGGAAACGGAAACUUUGACAGGAUCUAAAGGUCUAAAUUUAUUUACAGUUCAGAGAGUAGCCAAGACAUACGGUGAGGCAUCUUUUUAUUCCUGUGGCCCCCGUCUGUGGAACAGCUUACCUGAUGACCUGAGGACUACACCUAAUCUUAAUGAUUGAUGAAGCAAACUGAAAACAAACCUUUUUAGUCUUUCUUUCAACUAAAUUUUAUAUCUUAAUUUUAUAUCAUUAACUUUGUUGAAGUGUUUUAACAUUUAUCUCUUCUAGUUUUAAUGACAGAAUCAUCUUUGAUUAAGAUAUUUUGGUGUUAUUAUUGUCGUAUCUUUUACUCUUGUUUUUAUUUCAUUUUAUUUAAUAAUUCUUAAAUUUCAUUUUAUGUUACUUUGUUUUUAGAUUUUAAACCUCCAGUGUUUCUUUACCUUGAAUUUUAAAACGGUGUUUCCUCAGUGCGCACAUUCCUGUUUAUAUGAAUCGAACCCUUUUUAAGUUCAUGCAUUUUUAUACAUGUUUCUAUUGAGCUGAGAUUGCGGGGUGGGAAUGAGGGGUUGGGUUGGGGUAGAUUCAGGUUUUCUUUGUUUCUUUUAUUUCUCUACUAUGUAAAACACUUUGUGCUUCAUCUUUUUGUAUGAAAAGUGCGAUACAAAUAAAGACUGAUUGAUUGAUUGAUUUUGACUUGAAUCUGUCUGCCAAUCGACUGCCAACUGCUGUUACAAACUGAAGAGAGCAGGUUAGUUCACCUUCUUCUUCAACAUGAGAAAUGAACAAGAGAAAACCACCGAAGAUCAAAACCUGUUGACAAACAGAACAGCAACGUCAUUUAUGUUGUGAUCGUUCUUCUGUGUUUGGUGGAGCUUCAUCUUAUCAGUCUUAGUGUCUGUUGUUAGCUCAUUACAGUGAAACUCAAACACGAUUUAUAAAAGGCGCGAAUUCAACCCACCAGUGGCGAUUGCUCUAAGACUGCAAGGGAAGCUCGGCUUCCCUUAAAAUGUCACCCCCCCAAAAAAAGAAAAAGUGGUGAAAUACGUACGGCUGUGUGUACAUUUCAUUAACUAAAUACGCACUAGAAAGCCUUCAACUUUUGUUCAGACACUGUGAUAAGAAGCUGAUAAUCACAGGUAACCGGCAUAACUUCGUUCUCAUUCAUCCUUGCAGCGCCUCAGCGCUUUAAACAGCCGGACGCUGGGCUUCUGCUGACUUCAAUGUGGAAGCUCAAAGUGGGUUGUUCCAGCAGCGAAACUAGAUGCUUAUUGGAUAAAUGCUGGGUUUUGUCCCGCCCAUCAGAGGCUCAGCUUCACUGGAGUUCUAUGACGAGAGGGCGGUCCCAACUUUCUCCCGGACUCCAAGCUUCUGCAUCCAUGAUUGGAUGAGCUGUCUGAGGCGAAAUCCUUUUUUGAUUGACAGCUAAACAAGCGAAUCAGCGAUCUUGAAGAAUAAAACAUCUACCAGAGCAUUUUCCAAGUCAUUCAUUCCGUUGUUCUUAACUGCUCCGGAGACUUUACCGAUCCUCAGCGACUCUUGUCUUUGUUAAAAAUGACUGCCGUUGUGUUUGGCGACUCUGUUCUGUUACAUACAAAUAAACAAAUACAAUUAUGAUGUAGGCCAGAAAAAUGAGCUUCCCCUCCUUGAAAGACCAGCAGCCGCCACUGCAACCCACGUAUCAUUUUUCAAAAUAAAACCAAACGUUAAAAACAAGAAACGACGCUCAUCUAUUUCCUAAACAUGGUUAAGAAAAAAAGGAUACGACUCGUUUUCCCAAUAUGUUGUGUUCAAAUACAAAAUGGAAACAUUAUAUAACAACCUUGAUGUUAUAUAACAUCAUAGAAGACUAACAGGCUAGAGCGAGUGCCCUUUCUCAGAAGAUUCUAUCAUAGAAUCCAGAGCAAACUGAGUCAGACAGGAUCUUAAAAAGAUAGUUCAGGGUUUUUUCAGAGGGGUUAUGUGAAGCGCAUGAGGAAAGAGGGAUCGGCAAUCUGCACAAUGAACUUAGAUUAACCUUAGAUUUUUAAAACAGAGAUAAAAACACAGAAAACCACAAGGUGUUGGUCUUUUCUCUUUUAUUUAUUAUUUAUUUAAUAUUCUGACAGUCUCUUCAACUCAGUGUUAGACAUACAGCAGCAGGAUGCAGAGUCUCAAAUCCCUGUAUAUAUAUAGGUAUAUAUAUAUGUGUGUGUAUAGAAGUACAUUCUAAGAUGAGCUUUUAUUGUGAAGGGCCCUGCAGCAGCAGUUAGUGCAGGUGGCUGUGCAUCAUUAAGACAACAUCACAGACAGAGAGGGGCACAACCCGGGCUGACUGACUCGACUCCUCAACACGGAGAAGCGUUAAAUCUGAACUUUAUUAAACUCACAUCCUCUAAAAAACUCAAACUCAACCAGCUGCAACCUGAAAACACUGAGAGUACCUUUCCUCUGAACCCACGUGAAGAUAAAAGUGAAAUUCUGAGAUGAACAAGCUUAAAGUGUCGGACUGAAGAGGACCUGAAUGAAGAACUAACCCUCUCUGACACCAAUGAAUCGGACCGGUCUCUGUGGAUCCAUCAGUCAGCCCAGUCAAGGUGACACUCUAAAGAGCAGCGGUGUGGUUUCUCAUCCCUCCUCGUGUUUUUUCAGGUUUGUUAGGCUUGUGCGUUGAUGAUGUCCACAAACUCUGGUUUUAGAGAAGCUCCGCCCACCAGGAAGCCAUCCACGUCCUCUUGGGACGCCAGCUCUCUGCAGUUGGCUCCUGUCACUGAACCUUCAGGGUGGAGAAGAAGAAGAGGAACAUAAAGACAGGUUUCAGAGUGUGAUCUUUGUCCUCUGAGGACGGACGCCAAACAGGAAGGGCUCCACAAAAACUCACCUGGCGUCUGGCAGAAGGUUCUUCAGCAUCCGCUGCAGAACAGCCAGAUUCACAAACAUCUGUCUGCUAAAUGCCAAAAAAAACCCCACUCCCACCCUGCUGCACUGUGUUCCUGUUUGUACCAUUUAUUGGAUGUAAAUAAGAACAUUUAUCUUUUUAUAUAUAUUUUUAUUUAUUUGUUUUUUAUUCCACAGUAUUACUCAGCAUGCUGCUCUUUGACCCUUAGUUUUUAGUUUUUUCUGUAUAUUAAAUUAUGAUACUUAUUAUAUUAGAUAUUAUGAUAAUUAUUAUAACACCAUCAUGCUGUGAUAUGGAAGCCAAGCACCGAGAAAACAGAUAAUCACUGCUGUGUUUUCUGUCUGCAGUGACCAUAAAGAAAGUCUACGUCUCUUUCUGACGAGUGUGAAAGGUAGAAAUUCGACUGACCUCCGUAGAUGAUGCGCACAGAGUCAGCGACAUCAUCAGACACGUUGGCUCGGAGCCACGCCCUCAACUUCUCAUGGACCUCCUGAGCCUGCGCACACACACACGCACAGUUGAGAGUCAGUCUCACUAACAAAGGCGGUGAGGUCAUGACCAUCCUGCUGUCAUUUCUACCUGAUCAGGUGUGGCGGUCUUUCCUGUGCCGAUGGCCCACACAGGCUCAUAAGCAAGGACCACUUUCCCCCAGUCCUUCACGUUCUCUGCAACACAAACAACAUCGACCAUCAUGAGAUCUACAGAGGAGCAGUGGAAGAGUUUCUCCAUCUGUAAACACAGUCGGCGCUCUAAAGUCCGAUCACCUGCUCCAGAGGGACUACAGCAGGUUACAGUUUGAGGACACGCUGCAAAGAUCUGUUGAUGCUGUCGGACUUUUCAGAGACCUCUGAGGAGACAGACCUGCAUCCACAGAGGACCAGAGAUGAAGCCCCGCCUCCAUCAGCAGAGACCGCUGACCCACUUACAUUUUAAGUCAGAGUAAUGAAGAGAACCUACUUAGAGAAGUAGUCUGCAGGAGAAUCAUCAAUCAUGGUUUUAAAGGGAAAUAAAUAAAGUUAGAGUCAAACCCACCGAGUUAGACCCCGCCUCCAGAGAUGAAUGUUGUCGACCGCUAGUUAUACCAACUUUAGUAACGACCGCAGGAUAGAAAUACAGAGAGCCACGCCCCCAACCAAAACGCCACUCUAUAGCCACAAAUUUGUCCUGGGGGGGGGGGGGGGGUUGUUUAAUUUCUCCGAGAACACCAAAAAGGCUGGGGCUGGCCCUGCUCAGGCCAGUCCAUUACAGACUACAGCGGGGUGCCGCAGCUCAAGGAAGAACAUUUAUGAUCCUUUCUUCAUGGAAAUACAAUCAGACCGAGACGCUAAGACAGAAGAACUACCGCGUCUGUAAAAUGAUCAAUAUGGUGAUUAUUACUUCAAGGAAAUGAUAAAGAAAUGAUUUGUUUAUGUCUCUCUGUAUUUCUAUCCUGCGGUCGUUACUAAAGUUGGUAUAACUAGAGAAUCAAGCGGAUGACAACAUUCAUCUCUGGAGGGGGGGGUCUAACUCGGUGUUACGGUGGGUUUGACCCUGAUUUAAUUUUACGCCUGAGACUGAGUGAGUCCAGAACCAACAGGCUGUGAACCGAAACCCUGCAGAAUCCACGGGUCGACAGAGAAACCCUGAAAAAUCCACGCCUGAGUUUUCACUCUUUACCUGCGAUGACCUGGGUCUGGUUGUAGACCACCUCCUCUGUGGUGCCGGCCUCUCGCUCCUCCAGCUUCUCCCCGAUGCAGGCGAUCACUCCCAGGUCACUCUCCAGAGCAUGGGCCACCUGAAAACCAACCGACCAAUCAGGUUCAAGCAUAGAUCAGCCCCUCUGAUGUGUGUGUGUGUGGACCACAUAUGUUUGAUUUUCAUGUCCAAUCUGUUAACAUGGAGGAGGCGGGGCUUUAAGACCCAUACUGCAGCUGGUGUCUCACCUUCUGACCAAUCAGCUCGUCACUUUCCCCAAACACGUGCCGGCGCUCUGAGUGUCCCAGGAUAACCCAGUCCACGCCGCAGUCCUUAAUCAUGGCGGGGCUGCAGAGAGAGGACACGGUCUUCACAGAGUCUCAUUUUCAGGAGUUUUUAUCGAGUUUGUAAAUAAAAUUUAGAGAUUCAGAAACAGAAAAUCUGAUUCUGUUCAGUCUUUAAACGUGAAUCAGCUGAAUCUAGAAUCUGGAUUUAGUCAGAGAUAUUUCUGCGUUUGUUUUCAGUCGGUGGGUGAGAUACCUGAUCUCUCCUGUAAACGCUCCCUUCGUCACCUUGUAGCAGUUCUGAGCAGCGACCCCGAUUCGUGAAUCCAGAUUGGACCGAACAAAGUCCAGGUAGAUGGAAGGAGCGCCGCAGACCACCUCUGAAAAAUUCACAUUUAUGAGAUUAAAUCACAUCCAAGUAAAUUCAGGACUUCUAUAUAGACACAGUUCUGUCCACAUGGAGGCGCCAAAGUCUUACAAUCAUACAGAGGAGCUUUAAAUAAAGUGAGGGGGGGGGGGGGUAUGCUCAGGUAAACGGCCUAAAGUGACCCCAGUUUCUGCUUUAUUGACUUUAUUUCUAUUUUAAAUUUUAUUAUUUUAGUUUUUCUAGUUUGUGAUGAAGUCAGAUUUAAAAAGUUUAAUAAAGUUUAUGAUCAGUAAAGAGCGUCACUAACUGUUUCUUUAAAGACAGCUGCAUCGUUACUGUUCGCUUCAUUCAAACAUGAUUAAAUAUCUAUAAUAUCCAACAAAUGAACUUCCUGUGGUUCUGACCUUGAGUUGAUUAUAAAAACUAAAACUGUUAUUCUUUAAAAAAGUGAUUUUUGACUGUAGAUCAUCUUUUUUCCUUUCAUGAAUUUUUCAAGUUAUUUUUUAUUUAUAAACUCUUACUGUAAUAAAAACAUGUGGAGCAGACCACAGUUUUUCAAUUAAUCAAUAAAUCAAAUUAAACUUUAUUUAUAAAAACUUUUCAUACAAACGAUGUAACAGGAAGUGCUUUACAGUCCAUGAAAAACUCCUUUAUUUUAGGAUUUUAAUUUCAACACAUUUGAUUGAUUGAUUGAUUGAUUGAUUGAUUGAUUGAUUGAUUGAUUGAUUGAUAAAGUUUCUAACACUCCCAUCUUCUUCUUCUUCUUCUGCAGAGAGUAAGACGGUUUUGAGGUCAUGGACUUUAAGCUGAUUUACCUGUGAAGAGGAUCACACAGGUGCGUCAGAGACCGUUACGUAACUCAUCCUGAUCACGUGACCUCCAAUGUCACCGUGUCAUCUGAGCUCCAGCAUCUCUCCUCCGUUUGUUUGAUCGGACUUUAUCGAUCCCUGUGAUCGAUCUCAAAAACACCCUAACACGCACAGACUGAGUGAAUCUGUAGUUUAUCGAUAAACCUGAUCGAUUAAAGGACUCACCGGUGUUUUCGUCCAGGGUGGCCGUGUUCAGGGUCCCGAUCAGCUCCCCCAGACUUUCCUUGUUCCCGUUCAUCUUCCAGUUUCCUCCCACGAAGAAGCUCCGGAGCGCCAUGGCCGGCUGAAGGUGGCAGAGAACCGCGGAGAUGAGGAGGAGGAGGAGGAGGGUCCGAGUCCGAGUCCCGCUGCUGGUGUGUAUUUCAGGUGCAGUGGGAAAUAUCACGACUCAGCCACGGUAAACACUUUUUCACUGUGGCUGUGUCUCAUUUCAGAGACCGCAUCGACCUAAGUGCCCUUCUGCACCGUCGAACGGUGCAUUUGAAGUGUGCAUGACGUCACGACGGUGCGAACGGUGUCCCGUUUGGCACGAGAUGCUAAAAAAUGCUAAGCGCGCUUAGCAUGUUUUCAAGCGUGCAUUUAUCCACGCUUUCGUGCCGUCGGUAUCCCAGAAUCCUUUGCGUGCCGCUGCACAGCUGCGCAUUUCAGGUGAGAGGCUGGACUCGCUUGGAGACGCAGCGCGUCUUCAAAGAAAUUACAAGCAAUCCAAAAACAGCAGACAGUCAGCUCAGGCUGUAUGAGAGCAUGAUCUCUGAACUCACUAAAAUCUGUAAACCAAACAUUAUAGAUUUAGAGACGAACUGAUCCGCUCUGCUUUAACAAUCAAAAACAUUAGAAAUAAGAAAGCUGACAAAACUACGGCAGAGUAUCAGGACAACAUUGAGGUUUUUUUCUUUUAAGAUUUAGAGAUUAAAGUUGUAAAUUUAGGAGAAUAAAGUCAUAAAGUAAAUAAAGUCAUAAAGCUGCUUUUGUGGAGGGGGAAAUGACUGAAGCUGGUCAUCUGCAGGGUAAUCUGUGGAUGUAUCAGCGGGUCAUUCAGAGAGAUUUUGUGGUUUCUGAAGAAACAAUCAAACUGAUGAUAAUCAACAUUUGUGAUCCAGAGGGAGUCGAGCUCCGACGAGCACCACGUCUCUGACACCGGCCGUAGCCUACACCUGCAGAGACACCAACACCUUAUUAUGGCAUAUGGAUUCAUAUCAUAAAUUAAAGCUCAAUGUCAUUCACGGAUAUUUACGGCUGAAUUGACAGAUAUAUCCUCAGCAUAUUCAUUUCUGCCUCCACAAAAGCAGCGAUUUCCUUCAAGUACACCAGUUUUUUUCCCCGUGGAAAAGACGUAUUUCUCAUAUAUUCUUUUUUUAAAGUCUUUAUACUUAUGACAAUGUGAUGCUGAUGUGCCAGAGGAUGAAGUAUCUCCUAUCCUCCUUCUCAAUAGGGCCCUCAUACUCCUUCAUACAAAACAAUCAUUGGAUUAAUUUUGUGGGAAUGAUCUGGGCUUGUAUGUAUCUACUAUUUUGUGUCUGUGCAAGGUCGCACAAUUAAAACAAUAAAUGCUGCGCUCCGCAGCUUUUUUUCUAAUCAGUCGUGACGUAAGCCUGAGGGCGGGGACAUUUGGAGACCUUCGGAGGACUUCCUGGUGGAGUUGCCAAAUGUCCCCGCCCUCAGGCUCGCGUCACGACUGACUUAAAGGAAACCCGCGGAGCGCAGCAUUUAUUGUUUUAAUUGUGCGACCUUGCACAGACACAAAAUAGUAGAUACAUACAAGCACAAUUCAUCCAAUGAUUGUUUUGUAAGAAGGAGUAUGAGGGCCAUAUUGAGAUUUAAGACUUUAAGGACUUCGAGAUUUAAGUCGUGAAUUUACGAGAAUAAAGUCAUUAAUUUAUGAGAAUAAAGUUUUAAAGUUUCCUGUUAUUUCAGAGAGACUUGUUAAAAUUAGGGCCAUGAAGCAUUUGAAGGAACUGUGCUUCAGUAUAGGUUUCACAAACAAGGAGAUUCUUCAUCCUCUGGCACAUCAGCAUAACAUUGUCAUAAGUAUAAAGACUUUAAAAAGAAUAUCUGAGAAAUACGUCUUUUCCACGGGGAAAAAAUAUUGGUGUACUUGAAGGAAAUCGCUGCUUUUGUGGAGGCAGAAAUGAAUAUGCUGAGGAUAUAUCUGUCAAUGCAGCCGUUAAUAUCCGUGAAUGACAUUGAGCUUUAGUUUAUGAUAUGAAUCCAUAUGCCGUAAUAAGGUGUUGGUGUCUCUGCAGGUGUAGGCUACGGCCGGUGUCAGAGACGUGGUGCUCGUCGGAGCUCGACUCCCUCUGGAUCACAAAUGUUGAUUAUCAUCAGUUUGAUUGUUUCUUCAGAAACCACAAAAUCUCUCUGAAUGACCCGCUGAUACAUCCACAGAUAACCCUGCAGAUGACCAGCUUCAGUCAUUUCCCUCUCCGCAAAAGCAGCUUUAUGACUUUAUUUACUUUAUGACUUUAUUCUCCUAAAUUUACAACUUUAAUCUCUAAAUCUUAAAAGAAAAAAACCUCAAUGUUGUCCUGAUACUCUGCUGUAGUUUUGUCAGCUUUCUUAUUUCUAAUGUUUUUGAUAGUUGUAGCAGAAUGUUUGGUUUACAGAUUUUAGUGAGUUCAGAGAUCAUGCUCUCAUACAGCCUGAGCUGACUGUCUGAUGGUUUUGGAUUGCUUGUAUUUUCUUCGAAGACGCGCUGUGUCUCCAAGCGAGUCCAGCCUCUCACCUGAAAUGCACAGCUGUGCAGCGGCACGCAAAGAAUUCUGGGAUACCGACGGCACGAAAGCGUGCAUACAUGCACGCUUGAAAACGAGGCGGGGGUAGUGUGGUUUUGAGACCGAAUUUGAAGCGCGCUUAGUAUUUUGUGCCAAACGGGACACCGUUCGUGCCGCGUGGUGACCUCACGUACGCGUCAGAUGCGCCGUUCGAUGGCUGCUGUAUCUGAAAUGGGACACAGGAAGGGCACAGAACGGCGCAAAACGGCGUAAAACGGCUCAAAACGGCAGUGCACUCAGCUAAGCGCCGUUAAGCGCGCUUAUCACGAUGCGGUCUCUGAAAUGAGACACAGCCUGUGUUUAUUAUGGCAAGGCAAUCGGCUUUAGGGUGCAGUGCUGCCACCUGCUGGUGAUUGUCAGGAACUGUUUCCAACCCAUCAUGUACUAAUGAACUGAUUUUUAAUGAAAAUAAUAAAAAGAACAUUUGUAUGAAGAGACAGUCGAACUCUUCAGAGCUGCUGAUGCGAAUAUAAACUUUAUUUUUCACUUUGAACAUUAUGAGGAUUUCUUUAACUCUAAAUAAAGUUCUUAUCCAUGAAAAAAGGGUCCGUUUGAUAUUAGACAAAACAAAGAGACAGGAACCCGUUAAAAACAGGAGGACAGAGACGGUUCAGGAAAAACAGGAUCAACAGGAGUUAAAAUUUUCAAAUGUGAUUUAGAAACAGGAAGUGAGGGGGACAGACAGUCGGACAUGAAGAGGACGAGCGUUCAGAGCUUAGGCGCAGCGAUGGAAAAAGCCCGCUCACCCCUGAACUUUGACCUUGACCUAGGGACCGUCAGAAGGUCAGAGGAUCUGAGAGUCCGAGACGAAAUAUAAGAUUUUAAAAGGUCAGAAAGAUAAAAAGGAGCGAGCCCGUUUAAAGAUUUAUAAGUUAAUAAUAAAAUUUAAAUCCUAAAACGCACAGCAAGUCCGAGAAGAGAGGCUAAAAUAGAGGAGAUGUGGUCGUAUUUACGGCGAGCAGAUAAAACACGAGCUGCUGCGGCGUUUUGAAGGAGCUGUAAACCAUGAAGAGGUUUGACUGACACCAAAAUAAAGAGCGUUACAAUAAUCAAGACGAGAUAAAAGCAUGAAUAACCUUAAAAUCACUCAAAGAUAAAAAGACUUGACCUUCUUUAAAAGACGAUAAAAACUUCAUUUAUCUGCAGAUCCAUUUUCAAAUCUCUGUCCAUCAGAGUCUUUCAGGAAGGACUCAAAGGGGGACAGAUCUGCUCUGGGGUCCAAAGACGACAGACUUCAGUCUGACUCUCAUUUAAUUUUAGAAAACUGAGAACCGUCCGGGUUGGCUCAUCAUAAACGGUCAUAGAGAAAGUGACUGUGCGCGCUCACCUUUACCUUACCGCAUCAAGAACAUCAAAUAAACUUGUUAUUGAGGAAUCCAUCCUGAACUUUGGAGAAACCACAUUUCUGCACCGACAUGCAGGUCAGCGAAAGUCUCUUCCUGUUGAUAUAAUUGUCUGUUGAUAGUAGGGCCCGACCGAUUUAUCGGCGAGUUGAUUAAAUCGGCCGAUUUUAGCCCGUUUGAGACUAAUCGGUAAUCGACCAAAACUCGCAGAUUUUCACCGAUAUUUUCAGAAAUGAAAUUUGUAGAAUAAGAUUUGGUUUCACUUCGAAAAUGUUCGGCCAUUUGAAAAGUUCCCCGACUUCUCCUGUAGAUGGCGCUACAGCGACCUCAUGCCGACCUUCAUCCACUAACGACCUCACAGCAGAGUGACGGAUCUGAAGCAGCAGCUCAGGGACACGGAGGAGAGUGGUCCGCCUCAACGGGAAAUAAACCAGUUUGUGAAAAACACAAUAAGUCAACAAGUUUCAGUUCAACCCACUUCACCAUGUUCCCCGCUGGGCUGGUCUCGGUCACGCCCACUUAAUGCUGAAGCAAACGCUUUUCUGGUCCGAGUCUCAUCAGUCGGUCUUCCUGUCCACCAGUAGCCUACAGUAUAUACAGUAUUUAGUUUUCUUAGAUAUCUACAGUUUAUAUUUAUAUAAAUAUUUUUUAUAACUUCAUAAACUUUUUAAAAAACUCCCUGGUCGACAGUCUCUCCUCUCACAGACACAGACACUCAGACUCUGACAUGGUGUUAAUGCAGAAUUCUAUGUUUAUUAGAAAGAUUUUGAACAAACGUUGGUCUUUUUACAGAGGAACUGCACACGUGUAAAAGAACUACAGCUGAACCCCGGGGAGUAAAACUCAGCUGACAGCUCUUCACUGACUCGUUUGGUCGGUGUGUCGGUCGCCUGCUGGCCUGGCUUUACCUUUAACCCUCUCCUGUCCGG